AUGGCCACCUACGAGCAACUCCGACACGAGCCGGCUUCCAGGGACCUUUUCAACAAUAGAAUCACAAAACUACAAAGUCUGCACAAUGCGCUCAAGGACUUGGCUUUCCUCGCGAUAGAUACAGAGCAUGUCGCCAUCACGAGCGAAAAGGACCGCAUGCUCCAUCAAGUCGGUCUUGCAUAUUUUCCAGCACCGACACCAGAUUCACCUACGUCGCCCGACGCCGGCUGCCCAAACCUUCAAGACUUUUACACAGCGAAGCAACUUAAAGGCUUAACCCUCAACAUCAAGAUAGACCAAGACACACAAUACAAUCUUGUUCGCGCUGGAGGGCAUAGGGGCAUGCCAGUUCGCCGAUCUCAUCGCUUUGGCCAGGAGCGACAAGUUGAUCUCGAAGACCUGGAGACUGCCAUUCUGGAUUUUAUCCAGGGCUGCGAUAAGAAGACAAACCUCGUGAUGAUUGGGUUUGGGAUGGCAGCCGAGUGGGAAUACUUGUCCACAUAUUUCCCUCAAGCGAUGCGCUUCUUUUCAGCCUGGGUAGAUCUUCGCGACAUCGCCAAAGAUAUAGCCCCAGUUGGGAAUGUUCCCGGGCUUAUAUCUCUACUCAAGAUCUUUAGGUAUCACUGCCAAGAUCUUCAGCCUGGCAGGGGAGAUCUCGGUGGUGGUGUUGCCGACAAUGCCGGGGAUGAUGCUGUGGCCACUUGCGCUCUGGCUGGUGCACUUCUCCUUCUAGAAAACCAACAGAAACUCAGGCUUCGGCAAGAAUGUGGCCGGAUUGCUGGCAUUUUCACCAAGAAGAAGGGCUUCCGGGUUCCCAACAGCAAGGAGCAUCCUUUCACCGCAACGAUCCGUGCCGGAAGUCCGCUUCCACGCUCUCUCGACACAGCGAUGAAACUGGCCCGUCGCUUUUUUAACUACUCACCCCAAUCUACCGGAUUACGGUCAGAAGAUAUUGGUUUCAUCACGUUCAGGGACAAGGAGCAAUUGGACUACUUCAUCACUGCUACACAUAGAACUGCCUUGCCGAUGGGCGGAAUACUGAGGGUCAGGGACUAUUCUCGGGAGCAUGGAAGAAUUAAUCCUGAGAAUAGGGACCGGAAGGAGAAACAAGAGCUUAGAGAGAGGGAGAGGUCUGAAAGGAGUACAGACGAAGUUGUGGACUUGGAAAGUCUGUUUUCCUCGGUCAUGGUGCGGUAA